UCCUUUUAUCUCUCCCUCAGCGACUGCGGCGGCGGCGCGCUUCUCGUAACCGCGGAGUUGGUAGGCUGCCUCCGAUGCAGUUGGGCGAUUGUACGCGGUACUAUUGCGCUAGACGAUUUGCACUCGGCGCGAGCCCGUCUGUAACCCAUGUGAUCUGCUCCACCGUUUGGAUUGAGAACGUGCGUGAACGUAUGCCUCCCCUUUGAUCGACUUGACUGAAAGUGAAGGGGACUUCGGCGUGCCAUCUUACCGUGUCAUCGACUGGACCUCCGUGCUUGAUAUUGGCAUAGUGCGCCGCUGUUGUAGCGGCGAGUUUGUUACGUUUGCCAGCGCUUCGUCUGAGCAUCGUCGGGGGGUGGUGUGCUUCAAACCAGCGCUUCGUUUGUGCUGCUGGUCAUUCUUCUCGCCCUGCGUCCCGCCAACUGCCAAAAUUCGUGUCAAAAACCGCAUCCCGCUUCCAGCCUUCCGGAUGGAACACGAAUCGGACGACAUGGACGGGAGCAUGUCGAACCCCGAGGAGGAGGAGCUCAACGAGUCGGAGUACGGCGGCUCCGGCGACGACGACGAGGAGCGCCGGACCCCGCUCGACGGCGAGUUGAGCAACGACGACGCGCAGUCUGACGUGCUCGCUCGCUACCAUCCGCACAACAACAGUGGCGUCAGCGGCGGCAGUAACAACGGUGGAAACAACGGCAGCGUCCGCAGCAGACAGGAUGAUGGGAGUCCCGUCCCGCUGGCCAACAACUGCAACAGCGACCACUCGAGCAACACGCCCCCGGCCGCAAGCAAUGGGUCGACGAUGGCGCACGCGGGCGGCCUGUCCUCUGAGCCACGCAUCCCGGCUCCAAAUGCCGUGGUCUCUUCUUCGCCGGGUCCUCUGCGGGUGCCGGACUCCGGCCCGCUCAGUGCGCUGGCCGCCCGGGCGGCGGCGAGCGGAGCCACGGCUCUGCUCCCGGCGGCUGCCAUCUCUGCGCUGUCCCAGGCGCCGCCGCUGUUCAGCCUGGCCACUGGCGCCCCGCACAUGAUGCACCUUCCGCCAACGCUGACGCCCCACACCGCGGCCGUCUCCGGUACGCCGCCGGAACCCAGCAAGUACGCGUUCGAGGACCACUACGGAAAGCAUUUGUCCAUCUCCAACCUGGCCGCCGUCUGGAUCAGUGAGCUGGCAAAGUCCAAUGGGGGCCCCCGCAGUGCACCAGCGCGGGACUCCCUCGCUGCGAGUGUCCCACGGUGGGAGCUUUCUGAGCCGGGAAAAGCGACUGAAUUCAGCCGUGACUUUAAAGUGAGUCCCACACCCAAAUCAUCUCGGUCAAGCCGCAGCGGCGACUCCAACGGCCGUGUGAGCAGCAUGGACGACAUCGGCAAACUGUACGAGCUAAGCGAUGACCCCAAAAGGAAAGAGUUCCUGGAUGACCUCUUCGGCUUUAUGCAGAAACGAGGAACGCCCGUUAACCGGAUUCCGAUCAUGGCCAAGCAGGUGCUGGACCUUUUCGAGCUGUACCGGCUGGUCGUGUCACGGGGCGGCCUCGUUGAGGUCAUCAACAAGAAGAUCUGGCGGGAAAUCACUAAAGGGCUCAACCUGCCCUCGUCCAUCACUUCGGCGGCGUUCACUCUGCGUACACAGUACAUGAAAUACCUGUACCCAUACGAGUGCGAGAAAGAGAAGCUGAGCCAGCCCGACGAACUGCAGGCGGCCAUUGACGGGAACCGGCGCGAGGGACGACGCUCCAGCUACAGCCAUUACGCCGAGAUGAUGUCCUCGGCCACGGCGGCCUCACUCUCGGGAUCCCGCGGCAGCAACCACCACACAUCGCCCAUCAGCCUCGUGUGCCGGCAGGCAAACGGACACGCGCCGCCACCUACGCAGCACCACGCGGGUGGACCCUCGUCUGGUGAUGAAGAGAAUAGCCUGUCACUGUUUGUGCCGCAGCAGGAGGCCUUAAACCUGGAAGUUCCACGUGGCGGGAGCGCAGACCACAAAGUUCUAGAUCCACGAAGGCUCCUAGGUGAAUCGCUGGGUCCACCUGCUUCUAAGCGAUUUAUUUCUUCCGAAGAAGACAGCCUGCUUGCCCACUCUAUGCACACAACACACAUCAAGAUGAACAGCAGAGGUGACGGCAGAGGCCAGGCUGACAAUUCCAUGUCCGUGACCAUGGAAGUAAAUGGCAUCAUCUACCACGGAGUCCUAUACCCACAGUCACACAGAAACAGGCUCUCCUAGGUUGCACACCUGCUUGCAGCAAUGCUGGACUCUUUUUGGAGGCAGCCUGUCAACAAAAACACUGACGAAUGAAAUGUGAGUGCACCAAGGACACGAGACCGAAAACUGCUGCAUCCCCUGACAAUGGCAAAGCUGAUCUCCACUCCAAGCCACUAUGUUGUUGUGUGCAGAUAUCUCUUUUGCCUCAAUUCUGCCCUGCGCGCACUGACAGCCCACUUGUCGGAAAGUUGUGCAUUGCGUGCGUGUGUGUGUGUGUGUGUGUGUGUGUAAGUGUUUUUGUGUGCAGUUGUCAAUAUGCACUUGCUCAUGACAGCCCAGUGCCCUCUUUCUUUCUUUCUUUUUUUUCAAAUGCAAUUGUACAUUAAUUUUCAUUCUUGUUUACAUUUUUAUGCUGCUAUAUUAUAUAUAUUUUCAUCAUUUCUUUUAACUAGCCACUGCGUACUUCACAUUGCAUCUGACUGGCAUCCAGUACUUCUUCCUCUUUCGUUGUUGAAGAAAUUCAUACAGCAUUGCUGCCAGCUCCCUCCCCUAUUUCGUUUGUGCAUUUGUACAGUGACCUGCAUUUUUAUCUAACCACUUUAAAAAAAGAUGCAGCGCUUAUCACUGCUUCAUUCUCACUGAGAUAUCAUCAGAGGAUAGAGUUUUCGAUCUGCAUUAUGACAAUAAGACAAUUUUUAUCAUUGUUAGCCUGUUUAAUCCAAACUUCCUUUCCUGACAGGCAAUGGCACCCAUUCAUAUCUAUGCAGCAGAUUGUUCCUGAAAUGGAAUGGUGUGAUUACAAUGAAUAUUGCGAACAUUUUUUUUUACUGACCCAGGCAUGCAAACAUGCCACCUGCUUCAUUCAGCACUGAGAACCAAUAAGCUUGAUGUUGAUUCGAUAUUUGAGGAAAAAACACAAGUCACGCUAUGUUGUUCCAGUAAAAACAACUUUCCUUUCAUAACUCUUCCUGCCAUAGCCCUGUUUGAAUGUGUGUAACCUAAUAUGUUUACACUAUUAAAGUUUGAACACAUGCGAAAUAUGAAAUUCUUCGCCACCUGUAAGCCAGCAUUAUUCAGAGGCACAGUCAUGGCCAGUGGCGUAGCUAGGUCGUCUGGCACCCGAGGCCCAUAGGUGUUCUGUACCCCCCCCCCCCCCCCCCCCCAUGUAGUUGAGGAAAGCGAGGAUAUCGACAAUUUUCGGGUUUCAGCUCCAGUACAGCCACCUUGGAUUCCGCGCACGUUCCCCGGGUCCCCCUCUCCUUCUCUUUCUUUCCCAGAGAUCGUGAAUGCAGCAAAUAUACACGCUGUUUUUCCUGCGCCAAAUAACACAGGGUGCUGCACUGAUAACGUGUGAUAAGCCCAUGUGCACAUCUUCUGUCAGACUGUAAGGCUUGACAGCCAAUACAAAUGCAGCAUCGUGGAAAACAUGACUCACGUCACAAGUAACAAAAAAUAUCUUUAUAAUCAAGUUUUAAUUACCAAUUUUAGUGGCAAUAUUGCUUUUGCAAUGUUGAAG